AUGAUUAGAACUUCUAUGGUUAAAUCAACCAUUGCAAGACGUGCUUUACAAAAAUGUAGCCGUGCAACUGUAAUGGUUCCUUCUAUUCAAAGAUUUUAUUCUACUCCUUCAACAAAAUUAUAUCAACAACAAAAUUCUGCUGCAAAGAGUAAAAGACCAGAACCUGCACCAAGUUUUAAUAUCGAUAUUGAAUCUUCUUCUUCUUCGUCAUCAGUCUCUAGAAAAUUAGCAGAUAAUGCAGCUAAAAAGACUCAAUUAGAUAGUUCUUUAGUUGGUUUAACUGGUGGUCAAAUCUUUAACGAAAUGAUGUCUAGACAUAAUGUCGAUACCGUCUUUGGUUAUCCAGGUGGUGCAAUUUUACCAGUCUAUGAUGCAAUUUAUAAUAGUGAAAAUUUUAAAUUUGUUUUACCAAAACAUGAACAAGGUGCAGGUCAUAUGGCUGAAGGUUAUGCUAGAGCCUCAGGAAAACCUGGUGUUGUCUUAGUCACAUCAGGUCCAGGUGCAACAAAUGUUGUUACUCCAAUGGCUGAUGCAUUAGCUGAUGGGAUUCCGAUGGUUGUCUUUACAGGUCAAGUACCAACUUCAGCUAUUGGUACAGAUGCAUUCCAAGAAGCCGAUGUUAUUGGAAUCUCAAGAUCUUGUACAAAAUGGAAUGUUAUGAUUAAAGAUGUUAAAGAAAUGCCAACAAGAAUUAAUGAAGCGUUUGAAAUCGCAAUGAGUGGUAGACCAGGUCCCGUAUUAGUUGAUUUACCAAAGGAUGUUACAGCAGCUGUCUUAAGACAAGCAAUUCCAAUGAAUAGUGCGUUACCUUCAGAUACAUUACAUCAAUCUUCUGUUAAAGAGUUACAAAAUGAAUUUACUUUAGAAAGUAUUAAUAAAGCUGCAGAUUUAAUUAAUUUAGCUAAAAAACCAGUAUUAUAUGUUGGUAGUGGUAUCUUUAAUAAUGAAGAUGGACCUCGUGUAUUGAAAGAAUUAAGUGAACGUGCGCAAAUCCCUGUUACUACUUCUUUACAAGGUUUAGGUGCAUUUGAUCAAGAAGAUCCAAAAUCUUUAGAUAUGUUAGGUAUGCAUGGUUGUGCUACAGCUAAUUUAGCUAUGCAAAAUGCUGAUUUAAUCAUAGCUGUUGGUGCAAGGUUUGAUGAUCGUGUCACUGGUAAUAUUUCAAAAUUUGCUCCUGAAGCACGUAAAGCUGCUUUAGAGAAUCGUGGUGGUAUAAUUCAUUUUGAAAUUUCUCCAAAAAAUAUUAAUAAAGUUGUUGAAGCUCAAGUAGCUGUUGAAGGUGAUGCCACUGCUAAUUUACAAUCGAUAUUGCCAAAAGUGUUCCCUGUAAAAGAAAGAACACAAUGGUUUAAAGAUAUUAAUGGUUGGAAAACUAAAUAUCCUUAUGAAUAUAUGAGAGAAACUCCAGGUUCAAAGAUUAAACCACAAACAGCAAUUGCUAAAUUAUCUAAAAUAGCUAAUGCUACAGGUAAAGAUGUCAUUGUCACUACAGGUGUUGGUCAACAUCAAAUGUGGGCUGCUCAACAUUGGACUUGGAAAAAGCCUCGUACUUUUGUCACUUCAGGUGGGUUAGGUACUAUGGGUUAUGGUCUACCAUCUGCAAUCGGUGCUCAAGUGGCUCAUCCUGAUGCUCUUGUCAUUGAUAUCGAUGGUGAUGCCUCUUUUAAUAUGACUCUUACCGAGCUAAGUUCUGCUGUUCAAGCUGGUACUCCAAUUAAAAUCUUAUUGUUAAAUAAUGAAGAACAAGGUAUGGUCACUCAAUGGCAAUCUUUGUUCUAUGAAAACCGUUACUCUCAUACACAUCAAUUGAAUCCAGAUUUCAUGAAAUUAGCAGAUGCUAUGGGUUUGAAAGGUAUCAAAGUCACUAAACAAGAACAACUGGAUGGUGCUUUGGAAGAAUUCGUUAACACUGAAGGUCCAGUGUUAUUGGAAGUCGAAGUUGAAAAGAAGGUUCCUGUCUUACCAAUGGUUCCAGCUGGUAAAGGUUUAGAUGAAUUUAUAUAUUUCGAUGAAGCUACCGAAAUGGAACAAAAUACAUUACGUCAUAAACGUACCAAUGGUAAGCAUUAA